CUUUAAACACUUGUAAAAGUAACUGCAGGAUUAUACACGGAGAACCUAUUAAAUUCUAUUUCAAUUGGUCCUUUUAUUGGAAUUAAAAGAAUCUAGUGCCCUAUUUAUGGGAAUGGAAUGAAACGAAAGCUGCUUCACUGUACUACGGCCUGCAGCUGAGCAUAUGGCUGCUAUUAUUUGUUUUCGUUAGAGGCGGAGCAUCGCAACAUACAAAUUUACGUGGAAGGGUGCGGAAGUUACAGACCUAACACAUUAAAGCCACAUUCUACUGUUCUUUUUUAUCGUUUGGAAUAAUUAGCGCUGAUGGAGUGUCAGAGUAAAGAGGAACCCGUGCUCCACGUUGUAGUGGUAGGAUUUCACCACAAGAAAGGGUGUCAGGUAGAAUUCUCAUAUCCUCCAAUUAUUCCUAGUGCGGGUCAUGACAGUAGUGCACUCCCAGAAGAAUGGAAGUACCUGCCUUUCCUGGCACUGCCUGAUGGAGCACACAAUCAUCAGGAGGACACUGUUUACUUUCAUUUGCCCUCUCUGGAUGGACAGCUAAAAUGUGUUUAUGGAGUUUCUUGCUACAGACAGAUGGAGGCUAAGGCACUGAAAAAACGGGAGGCAGAUGUCACAAGAGAGACUGUUCAGAAGAGUGUAUGUGUUCUCAGUCAACUGCCACUCUUUGGUUUGAUACAAGCCAAACUUCAGCUCAUUACUCAUGCAUACUUUGAAGAAAAAGAUUUCUCCCAGAUCUCCAUCCUAAAGGAGCUCUAUGAUCAUAUGAACAGAUCUUUAAACUGUACAUCGCUGGAGGGAUCACAGAUUUAUCUGAGUCUGUCCGCCAGAGAUUUAAUUCUGCACUUUAAACACAAGGUUCUCAUUCUCUUUAAACUGAUACUGCUUGAAAAGAAGAUCCUGUUUUAUGUGACUCCAGUGAAAAGAUUGGUUGAAACUCUGAUGACCAUCCUGUCAUUGUUUCCAGGUAUGAUAGAGUAUGGGCUCUCUGAUUCCUCUCACUAUCAGACCCGAAGGAGCAUCUCAGAGGAUUUCAGUUCACCAGAAGUCAUAUCUGCAGAUGAAGAAUCACUAUCCUUGUUUUCUACAGAUAUUACUCGUAUACCAAAAGAGAAUGAGCACAGGUAUGAUGUCAAUGAUCAACCAGAUCAAUCAAAGCCUUGUAAUUCUACUUUGGACACACACUACAUUGAUGCUCGUGCAGAACAACAGAACUUGCUGAACACCUCUGAGAGUGAGUGGGAAACUCUGGAGCCUCAUGUGAUGGACGAAAAGGAAAGUAAAAUGGACAUAGGCCAUUUAGAGAUAACUGACAAAGAUUCCGGACUGCCAAUAACAGUACAGCCACAGUCAGCCACAGGACAUGGAACACUGACCACAGGCCUGGUAUCUGGAUUGCAAGAGGACCAGUAUGGACAGCCACUCGCUAUCUUUACAAAGGGUUACCUGUGCAUGCCUUACAUGGCACUCCAACAGCACCACCUGCUGUCAGACAUAAAUGUUCGGGGUUUUGUUUCUGGAGCAACUAACAUCCUCUUUCGACAGCAGCGCCACCUAAGUGAUGCUGUUGUAGAUGUGGAUGAAACCCAAAUUUUGAUCCAUGACCCAGAACUGCGCAAAAUGCUAAAUUUAAGCACAGCAGAUCUGAGAUUUGCUGAUUAUCUUGUGAAACAUGUCACUGAAAACAAAGAGGAUGUGUUUCUGGAUGGGACAGGCUGGGAGGGUGGAGAUGAGUGGAUACGGGCACAGUUUGGCCUGUAUGUGCACUCGCUGUUAUCUUCUGCUCUACAACAAGAUCAUGAGCGGCUGUUGGCAGAUUAUGGAGUUGUAUUCACAUCUGCUUGGAAAAUGACACACAACUACAAAAUGUGGAUCAGUAACAAGUAUCCAGCCAUGGCCGAGAUCACACCUGGACAUCCAUUCCAGGGUCAAUACAGUGUGGCUGAUGUGAAGAUUCGCUUGUCGCAUUCAAUGCAGAACAGCGAGCGCGGGAAGAAGAUUGGGAAUGCUGUGAUGACAACGAGCAGAAGUGUUGUGCAAACAGGAAAGGCUGUCGGUCAGUCGGUAGGUGGAGCUUUGACUGUUGCUAAAUCAGCCAUGUCAUCCUGGUUCUCCAUGCUGGCUCAGCCGACCGCAGCAGUCACUGCAUCUCAGCAGUCUUCAGACUGAUAUUUACUACUGUACUUAAUACUGAAGAAAAAACUGCUUCUGACAUUGCACAGCUCUCUGUUGUUGUAUUGUAUGAAAAUGUAUUUUAUAGAGAAUGAGAAAAACAUUUAUAAUAGUAAUUUUAGGUUUAGUACUUAAUGUAGAAGUUUAACGUUUAUAUAUACUGGAAUAAUGUAAGUAUUUUUUGGUUCCUGUAACAGUUUACAUGCAUUGUUAAUGGUUUUCUCACCCUUGUAAAUGACAAAUGUAUUUUCUGAGAUUCUGAGAUUACCAAAUAUUUUAUAUGUAUUUUCCCCUAUACAAACAGGAUAUAUAUCUACUGGCAUAUAAAGAAAAAUAUUGGGUCACUCUUUAUUUUGGUAGUCCGUUUGUUGAAUUUAGGUUAAAUUGCAUCUACAUGCCAACAAAUUCUCAUUAGAUUAUACAUAGACUGGUUGGGGUUAGAGUUAGUGUAAGUUGACAUGUACUUGCAAAGUUGCUUAUAGUAAGAUGAAUGUCUGUUGAAGGAGCAGUAUCAACAGAUGUUAAGCAGACAGUCUACUAAUACUCAAAUGGACCAUCAAAAUUAAGUGUUACCAAAUAUUGUGGUUAUUAAUCAGACUAUGGGAUCCUGUAACACAAAAAUGUAAUUACAAAUUAAGGUCCCACUGUAUAAUUGGCAUCUUCAGAGUAGUUCCAGUGUUAGGAACAAGAGUCUUAUGUCCAUGUUGUAUUGCAAAAUGAUUUUGUUGCUUUCUAGGAAGAUGUGUGUUAACAUUUUGCCUUUAACAUUGUAAUAUUUCGUAAAACAGCACUGUGUUUCCACCUGUAAUUAAGGUAAUUCCUGUACUUGAAGAGACUUUUUUGAUUUGAUGAUUGUUCAUUGGUGGCAAAAUCUCUCCGCCAUGUCAAUAAAAAUAAUGAAAUUACAUCUAAUAAAUCUCUGGUAUGUUCAA